AUGUUUCGUUGUUCCGUUGAAAAUUGUAGUGCGGAAUUUACAGCGAAGAGUACCUUAUAUGUCCAUGCCAAAAGACAUAAUGUUGAUACUGCCAAUCUUACCUUCCCUUGCGAGCACCCCGGUUGCAAUAAACAGUAUUCCGACAAAUCCAAUCUGAGGAAACACUUGGUUCGAUGCUACGGUAACCGUUCUACUCCAUGCACCGCUACCGUUUCUCCAACGGAACCUCCGGAACUGAUUAAAGUAAUUGAUCAGCCGAUUCAAAAUGACUACAUUGCAUUGCUAUUGGGAGACGACGAGGAACAGAUGUCUGCAGACCCCUCGGUCGUCACUUUCCUCGCUUUUCCGACAGACAGUUUACAGGAUGCUGGACCGGGAUCAAAUGGAGAUUCAAAUGUCUGCGUCUUACUACGAUUAUUUACCUACCUAGUACCUACAUGA